UGGUCAGUCCUUUUACGUCAGUCUCCGUCGCGGCGCGUUCGGUAGUGUCCGCUGGCAGAACCUGUUUGUAAAAAAAAUAUUUUUCAUGUCUUCACCAUCAAAUCUUUAUAUAUUUGAUAACGUUAUUUGAUAGCUAUAGUAUCUAGUUUUUUAAGACUUAAAAAUCUUUUGCAAAGUUUUUUUUUAAAUCGAAAUACCGAGUUCAUCAUACUAAUAUUAUCUUUUUAAUAUAAAUUGUGAAUGUUAAAAUAUGUGGCUGUGGGUAGUUAAUAUGCUAGAACCCAUAAAUUAAAAAAAACAAUUUUAUUAUGUUGAAACAAAUUUUUACUAUGGUUGAGUGCUGAAUUUAAAACACGAGUCUACGAUUUAUUUUAGCAAUGAAGAUGAAGAUCCUUCGUUUAUUCGACUCGAUGCGUGGAUCCGGCGCCGCUGGCGUUCGGCCCACGAUCCACCGCGGGCAGUAUACUGCUGGAGAGACGAGCGGCGGUUUGAGCGUGUUAUUCACAAUGUUAUGUAUCGUGGAUCUGUUUGGAGUGUUCCCGGUCGUCGCGCUGCCUAAGAGCGUUAUAGCUUGUGGUCUAUACGGCAUACCAUUAGUGCUAGCAGUAUUUUCGUUGCAACUGUACACAGCAGUUCUACUCGGCAAGAGUUGGCUGUUGGCGUAUGAAUUGUCGCCGAACAUACGAGACAAAAGCAGAUUUCCAUACGCGGCGGUUGCUGAAUUAGCAUUUGGCGAUAAUGCUAGAAGAUUGGUAACGUUUUUCAUAGAUGCUACUGUUUUUGGUGCAGCUGUACCUAAUUUUAUAUUCGCAUCUCAAAGCCUUCAGUUGUUCUGGUGGAAGAUAUCUGGCGGCAGUGUGGGCGUCACGUACUGCGUGUGGAUGGUCGUCAUCGGUCUACUACUCUGCCCUAUCAUGUGGCUCGGCUCACCAAAGGAUAUGAAGUCAUUAGCGUUGACAUCCGUAUGCAUCGUGGGCACCGUAGCUUUCGCCACAUGGUACUGCAUACUGACGGAUGACGAGUCUCCGUCCAGUUUGGGAGGAGUGCUCGACUACUCUCCUGAUGUUAGAGACUUCCUCACCGCUUACGGGAUUAUAGCCUUUCAGUUCGACAUCCACCCGAUGCUGUUAACACUGCAGGUGGACAUGAAGGAUAGUCGGCGCAUCAAUUCGGCCGUUCUCGCAGCAUUCCUCGCUACAGGACUGGUCUUUCUUAUCACCACACUCCUCGCCGCUAAUCGGUAUGGAGAUAACGUCGAAAGUAACAUAUUGCAGGGUAUUCCUCCAUCGAUUACCCUUUACAUUGUCGCUCUAUUGGUCACUCUACAACUGUGUCUGUCGAGCGCAGUCGGAAAUUCUGCCUUGUUCCAACAUCUAGAAGACUUGCUCAAAAUACCAAGAAAUUUCUGCAUACAAAGAUGUCUGAUGCGGUCCAGUAUUGUCGCUUUAGCGGUAUUCUUAGGAGAAUCUGUACCCAGAUUUGAUUUAGUAAUGGGUCUCGUGGGUUCAACUUUAACCGGUCCUUUAAUGUUUAUCUUCCCUCCGUUAUUCUUUCUUAAAUUAUGUUAUCUUAAAUCGAUAAACAUAAAACAAGAAUUCUCAAUGAGUUACAAACCUAAAACAUCGGUUUCCGAACGUGAACGUUUACAAGAUGGCGUCGAUCUGUCAAAAUUGCCGCUCGUUUCUACAGAAUCUUUACCACAUAAAUAUCAAACAUUUGGUAGUUACGAGGAAAUAUAUCGUUCGUAUGUUGAUGAAUAUAAUGUAAAAUGGUAUGACGUUUUAUUAGCAUCUUUAGUUAUGUUAUUAGGGAUGACAGCGACCGUCGUAGCGACGUAUUCAAGUUGGUCAGACGCGAUAUCGUCGGCAACUUUCUCGCCGCCGUGUUUGCUAAAUGCGACCGCAGCCGCAAGAAGCUUUAUACAAGAUACUACAUAGAUUUUAUAACCCUAGUAUCAAUUCUGACUGUAGUAAAGUUGUACAAUGAAUUUGUUAAAUGUGCACUUGUAUCCAAUUAUUGCUAUCUCUGUUUAUAUUCUAAGAGCGAAUGAGAUGACAAUAUAAUAGAAUAAAGUCACGGUCUUAUAGUUCUACGGUUUUGCAUAUAUUGGGGUAACAGUUCAAUAACGAAUGUGAUUGAUUACUUUUUUCUUAAAUUAUGAGAUAAACAUUAUGAAGAUUAUAAAAAAAAGUUAAAAAUCGUUAACGGGUGUCAU